CUCCCCUCCCUCGUACUCCACUCCUUCCUUCCUCCUCUUCCAACCACCGAAACCUGAGGACCACCGCCCGGAUUUUUCGCCCACCACCGAGAAAUCGCGGCCGACCCGUGCCCUCCGAUUCUUCUCUUUUUUUUCGUUUUCCACUGUCCACCGCGUCCAGCACAACUUCCAACGCUCAACAUCACCGCAACUCUCACAUCUUUCAACACAAAAAUCAAACAUCACCAACCGCUUCCGACACCGUCCCGGCAUCAAUUCUGACCGUCGUCUCAUCGGCCGCUGUGGGCAUCUUCCCGCAAGCUCCCCCCGUCGCGUUCUGCCCCCCCUUCCUGGGGCCUUGACGCCGCCGCCCGCCCUCGCCCGCUACCUCCUGCCUGGGGGUCUCGCCUUUCUGGAGCCACCCUUCUCCAUAAUCUCGGCGCGACGGGUCGUCUUUUCUCUGCGUCACCCGGCCCCAAAACCCUCUUCUCUUCCGGAGCCCCCCUCAACAAAACACUCUUCCUCCCGCGACCCUGACACCCCCGAACUCUCCCUUCUUUUUCCUCCUUUCUUCAACUUCACCUCGUCGACUCUCCGGCUUUCUGACGCCGACCAUCGCCGUGUGACUUUUGCGGACGUCACAAGUCGCCUCACUGGGAUCACGACAUCAUCCCAUAAACCAAGCAAGAUUCUUCUACUUCUACCUACCUUGGGUGGAUCAAGAAGCUCAUCGCGUCGCGUCUUUUCAUCCACCUCCGGCUGAACACACGCGCAUCCGGGUUUCACCACACAAACCCUACCUACCGCCCUCAUCUUGUCGUCGGCGCACUCUCUGCUCUGCAGGAAAAAAAAAAAAAGAGAGAAAAGUUCCAUCAUCCAGCGACACGCCGCUACUGAUCAUCAGCACUGGUUCGCAUCUCAUCCACUUGACACCAACGUCCACCUCACACACAACCUCACACACAACCGCACCAUGUCGGCCAGCGUUGUGCGGUCUACCGCCCUCCGAGCCGGCGGCGCCUGCGUGCGCUGUCGCAAGGGCAAAACCAAGUGCGUCUACGAAAACGGCCGCGCUCCUUGCAAGAACUGUGCCAAGGGCAUGCACGAGUGCUAUUUGCCCUCCGAGUCCAUGGCCCAUCACCAUGGCCAGUCGCCUGCCCGUCAUACCGCCGCUCAUCGCCCUGCGCGUGAGAGCCUUCCUGCCUCGGUCCCGGCCGGCGAUGUGCGCGCCGCCAACCCGGCUUCUACCACGUCUCGUCACGUUCAGACUCCCGAGAAACUUACACCGGAGCUGAUCCAAGAAUGCGAACGCGUCAUUUCCAAGACGUACCCGGCCUGUGUUGCUUUCCACAAGCCUUCGUUCAUCCAGCAGCUCAAGAACGCCUCUCUGGACCCGGCCCUCAUUUACGCGCUGCUCACCUGCGCCGCUCGAAGCUCCCCCACCUUGAUUAGACGCUAUGGCGGGCAGUCCGGUGCGACUGGUGCUGCUGAGCACUUUGCAGCCAAGGCCAUGGGCAUCAUCAACCAGAACCUCGACACUCCCAGCCUCGCUGAGAUCCAGGCCAUCUGCCUGAUCAUCAUCCACGAGUGGGGUUCCCGCAAUGCUGUUCGUGCCUACAUCUACCUGGGCCAGGCCAGUCGCAUGGUCCAGAUGUACCGCAUUCUCCACAGCCACCAUGCGGCCGUCAGUGAUGCCGAUAGGUUCCUUCAGGACGAGUCGUUCCGCCGUGUGUUGUGGCUGUUGUACAUCCUCGACUGCCUGCUUACCAGCACGCCCGGCCGCCAGCCGGCUUUGUCUGCCAACGACACGGCUGACGUCUCUCUGCCCUGCUCCGACAUGAACUUUGCCUUUGGCAAUGCUGUCUACGUUCAGACCAUCAACCUCAGCGACCCCUCUCGGAUGCCUUCUGGCUCCCGUACCGACGAGGUUGGUGAGUUUGGCCAAAUUGUCAUGGCCACUCGCAUCUGGCGCGACGUUGUCCAGAUGUUGAUGACCACGACCACUGAGACCUUCAACGAUAAUGUCUGCACUGGUCUCAUGGGCGAAAUCGAGCGCCUUCGUGCUUCUCUGUCGAUGCAGUACGUCGACAAGCCGGGCCAGAUUAACCUUCACAUCACCAUGGGCUCUGGCUUCACGUAUGCCAUGCUGCACUGCAUGCUCCACUGCGCAUCCAUCUUCAUCAACCGCCGCCGCCUGCUGCAGUAUGUGACUGCGCCUGGCUUCAACCUGGAGAGCUGGCGCCUGACCCCCCAGUGCCACGAUAUUAUCGAUAGGCUCUUUACGUCGUGCCACAGCACCAUCGCCAUGCUCACUGCUCUCGAGACUGGCUUUGACAAGGAGGGCAUCAUCUGCUUCCCCAUCUUCAUGCUGUUCUCGUCCUUCACUGCCAGUGCCACCGUGGCGUACCUGUCUCUCAAAGGCCUCACUCCCCCUAAUGCGGUCGAGACUGCCGGGCAUAUCGUGCGCGACGGUCUCCACUUCAUGCAGGAUGGCGUUGACACCUGGCCUCUGAUCAGCUCUUGGCUGCGUCACCUCGCCGUUAUGCAUAGAGUCCUCGGCAACGAUGCUGUCGCUGGUAGCCCCAGUGUUGCAGGCACCUCCGUCCCCCCCACCAGCGCCCCGCCCGCGGACCAGGCCUCUGUUAAGGACGAAGCCGCCUCGAACCCAGACACCAACCCCGACGCGAUGGACUACGACCAGACCUCCAACUCCAACGCUGGCACUGGAGCUCCCGUUCCCCCGGCUCCUGCCAACAACCACACUGCCUCUGUGAGCGAGAGUGGCCGAGAGAGCGGCCGCGAGAGCGAGCCUCCCGCUCCUCUGCCGCGUCGCCCCGGUGUCACUACUAUUAACGGUGGCUCCGGCGGUGUUGGUACCCCGGCUUCCGUCAGCCCUCCUCCUCCCCAGCCGGCCGAGAUCAAGCAGUCCACCGAGAUGCUUCCUCAACCUCCCAUUGGCAACGGCGUGGCGUCUGCCGAGCCUGCUGCUCCUGUGCCUCAGGACAUGACGGCUAGCGAACUCUGCUCCGCAUUCGAGCGACAGCUGCUUGAGCUUGACGAUCUCGCUGCCUUCAUGGGUGGCGGAGUUUGACUCACCUCUUGAUCAAACUUGACCUUUAUGGAGAGACUUCCAAUUCUUUGAACGAAACACUGCGACGCCUCGGCACAGUCUCAGACCGACAUAUUGUACAGUACGACAAAAAUACCCUGCGGAUGCUUCUUUUUUUUGAUCUUGCGUCGGCCAGUCUCUCGAACCUGUUCCAGAAUGGGAUAAUUGUGCUUUGGCACCUAGGCGGAGUGGGUGUUGCAGAGGCCGUCGUAAGCACGCGACGACUUGGGCACUACGGUUUUCAGGGGGACCACUUUCACGAGCACCCUUUCACAGGGAGCAACUGAUGUGCUUCUCCUGUGGGAAGGAAAGUAAUGAGUUCUCGUUUCGGCGUUGGAGGUGGUUCGUCAACGGUAGGCUGCGGCCAGCUCUACGGAGUCGUUGAUCUUUAUGUCUUUGUCCCGCGAUAAGGCAACAUUCGAGGAUUUUUUGAUUGCCUCAUUUGAGGCCAUGCUGCGUUAGUAAAAAGCAGCCAUUAAGGCGUUAGGUCCCAAGUUGCAUGGUAACUUUUAAUCGAAUACCCAUGGCACACUUCA